AUGGCGGACUCUCUGUCGCGCGCGCUAGCGCUCGCGCUCCUCGCUUUUCUCUCCGUCGCGUUUCUCGCGCCGAUAAUUGGCGCGGAGGCAGGCCUCUACGCACCCAACGGCCCUGUGAAAGUCCUGUCGAGCAAGCAGUUCAAAGAAACCGUCGUGAACUCCAACGACCUCUUCAUCGUCGAGUUCUACGCGGACUGGUGCGGGCACUGCCAGCGCUUCGCGCCUGAGUUCGAGAAGGCGGCGAAGGCCAUGCGCGGCAUCGUCUCCUUCGUGGCGGUCUCAGACCAAGCCGCCAUGGGCGAGUAUGGCGUUCAGGGCUUUCCAACAGUGAAGGCCUUCGUCGGGAGAGGCGGCAAAUCGCCAAAGACAUUCGACUACAACCAAGCUCGCGACGCCGCCUCGCUUGUCGAGUUCGCGACGAUGCACGCCGGCAAGCUCGCCAGAGCGCGUCUCGCAGGCAAAAUCGACGCUGGCUCCGACAAGCCGGCGUCUUCCUCCAGCGACAGCAGCUCGCAGAAGAGCGAGGGCACCUCCGAUGUGAUCGAGUUGACCGACGCGAACUUUAACCAGCUCGUCAUGAAGGACGAAAAGAGCGUCUGGUUCGUGGAGUUCUACGCGCCGUGGUGCGGACACUGUAAAGCCCUGGCGCCGACGUGGGAGGAAGUCGCCACGGCGCUUAAGGGAAAAGUCAAAGUCGGCAAAGUCGACGCGACCACGGAGAAGGUCCUCGCAAGCACCUACGGCAUUCGGGGCUUCCCAACUCUGAAGCUCUUCCCCGCCGGCGAGAAGAGCGUCUCGCUCGCUAAGGACUACGAAGGCGCGCGCACGCUGGAAAGCAUCCUGAAAUACGCCAUGGAGUUCUUCAGCGCCAACGUUUCCGCUGAGCAGCUGCUCAAGGAGGAGCAGUUCCGCGAGGCGUGUGGCUCCCGGCUCUGCGUGAUUGCCUUCUUGCCGCACAUCCUCGACAGCAAGAAGGAGAAGCGCAACGAGUACCUCGCCAUGCUCAACCAGGUCGUCCGCGCCUCGUUCCACAUGCCCAUUACUUUCUUCUGGUCGCAGGGAGGAGAUCAGUUUGAGUUCGAGGAGCAGCUCAAUUUGGCCUUCGGCUACCCUGCUGUGGUCGCCAUCCACCUCUCCAAGGGGAAGUACACGAUUCACCGCGGCGACUUCAGCAAGGAGAGCAUCAACACGUUCCUCACGCAGCUGCUGGCGGGCAAGGCACCGAUCUCGGAUCUGCCCAAGACGCUGAAGAAGCUCGAGAACGCACGCGCGUGGGACGGCGAGAACGAAGAGCUGCCGAAGGACGAGCUGUGA